GUCAUUGAUAAAUUAAUAAUAUGUCAGCUCAAUUUACAAAAUUACAAAUUCGUAAAGUAAAUUUAUGUAAGUGAUUUUGUAAAAUUAAUCAUCAUAUUUUCUGUAAUUAUAUUAGAAAAAGUCCACUGUUGUUUCAAUGCUGCUUUAAUAACGCCUUUUUAUAAUGGCGUUUUUAGAGUGGCGACGGUUUUCGUUUUUUGAUAUACACAAGAAUAUAGACAAUGGAAAGAUUGCAGAAUGCCUUCAAGAUACUAAUGUAACAGUAGCAACAAGCGGGAAUAACCAUGUUGUCCUGUGUGACUUGACUGGCUGGGCUCACCUGAUCUCUCGUUCUUGGGAGAUCACAUCGUUUAAGGCAUAUGAACUGGUCAUCACUCAUGCCCAACAAUUGCCUCAUGAUCCACUGUUGGUUACAAUUGGCGAAGAUGAGGCAGGUGUCACACCACUUAUUAAAGUGUGGGACUGGUCAAGAGUGGAUAGACAUGGCAAUCCACAGUGUGUUAAGACCUCUAGAGCAGUGCCAUCUCAUAUGUUCCCGACACCAGCCACUGCACUUGCUGUACAUGAUAAUAAGAAUCUUCUAGCAGUUGGCUUCCAAGAUGGCUCAGUAUCUUUAUUCCGUGGCGACAUAGCCAGACAACGCAGUGGCAAAAUGAAAACACUGUCGGAUACAGGAACUAGUCCUAUCACAGGACUUGCUUUCAAAGAUGCCGAUAAGCUGUUUGUGGUGUCCCGCAACUGUGUGAUGGUGUGCUGGUUGACCAACGAGCGGUGCGUGGUGCUGGACGCCAUGGGCGCGGUGGCCGGCUGCAGCGUGCUGGCCGACAGGCACCGCCUCACCGUCGCCACUAGUGACGCAAUAUACUGCUACACUACGGAGGGUCGCGGGCCUUGUUACGCCCUCGAAGGCGAGAAGCUGCGUCUCAAUUGGUUCCGCAGCUAUCUCGUCAUAACUACAAACGAAACUUCGAACAAGCCGUCCAGUUCAACGAAUACUCCCAAAUCUCACCAUGUCACUAUAUUGGACAUACAGAACAAAUUCAUAGUUUUCUCAAAGACAUUUGAGGAAAUUGAUGCUGUUUUGACGGAAUGGGGGUCCUUCUACAUCCUUACCAAGAAUAAGGAGAUGAUAUAUCUGGACGAGAAGGAUCUUCAAUCGAAACUGUCGUUACUUUUUAAGAAAAAUUUGUACGACGUCGCAAUUCGUAUUGCCAGCAGCCAACACUAUGAUGCCGAGGGACUCAUUGAGAUUUAUAAGCAGUAUGGCGAUCACUUGUACAGCAAAGGUGAUCUCAAAGGAGCGAUAGAUCAAUACGUCAAAACAAUCGGAUGGCUAGAAACAUCCUAUGUGAUUCGGAAAUAUCUAGAAUCAAGACAUUUAGAGCCACUUAUACAAUACCUAGAAGAACUUCACAAGAAGGGCUAUGCUACGGAAGACCACACGACUUUACUAUUGACAUGUUACGUGAAAAUAGACCAGCAUGAUCAGCAAGGGAAACUGAAGGAAUUCAUCAACUCUAAGGACAAGGCCAUUGAUUUUGAUGUUGAUGUAGCUAUAAAGGUGGUCCGUCAAGUAAGUGUAGACGACGCUCUGUCGCUCGCCGCCAACCACAACCGACACGACUGGUAUCUCAAAAUGAUAAUUGAGGAUAAAAAGGAAUAUAUAAAAGCGUUGGAUUACAUCGCCGAGUUGGAAUUUGAUGACGCCGAUUCGUAUAUGAAGAAGUAUGGGCAUAAGUUGAUACAGCACGAGCCAGAAGAGAGCACCAAAUUGUUAAAAUUACUAUGCACCGACUACAAGCCACGUAGUCGACCUCUAGUAGACGAAACAUCCCUAGCUGGUCGGUAUCGUGAACCAGACCGCGCCCUACCAGACGACUUCAUACACAUGUUCCUCAGUAACUCGGAGCGGCUGAUCGCCUUCCUGGAACACAUGAUAUCCACGGACGUGAAGUGUUCCACGCUCGUGUAUGACGCGCUUAUAGAACAUUAUAUACAUGUUUGGGCGAAGUCUCCAGAUAGCGACAAGGAAAUAUACGAAAACAAGAUACUGGGAGUUCUGAAGGAUCCUGACGCCAACUACGACAAGGACCACACUCUGAUCAUCUGCCAAAUGUUAGGAUUCAAGGCUGGAAUACUACAUUUGUAUGAGGAGAAGAAAUUGUGGCGCUCCAUGGUGUCGCUGGAGGUGCGCGCGGGGCGGGCGGAGCGCGCGCUGGGCGUGUGCCGGCGGCGCGGUGCGGCGUGCCCGCGGCUGUGGCUCGACGUGCUGUGGGCGCCGCCGCCGCCCGCCUGCCUGCCCGAGCUGCUGCACGUUGUUGCGACUGAAAAACUUAUGUCCCCAAUUCUAGUCAUUGAUUGUUUGGCGAGCACACCAACAUACACACUCGGAGAUGUUCGGAAAUAUCUAAUGGACGUGCUCAAAUCUGAGGACGAAGUAAUCACCCGCGAAUUAGAAUUAGCCACUAAGUACAAGAGCGAAAUCGAGAAGAUGAAGGCCCACAUCCAAGUGAUUCAGCACGAGCCGGUGACGUUCCAGAGCUCAAGGUGUGCUGCGUGCAAUAGACCACUGGAAUUGCCGACCGUGCAUUUCUUGUGUCAGCAUUCGUUCCACCAGGACUGCUUCCAGACAUACAGCGAGUCGGAACGCGAGUGUCCCGCGUGCGGGCGACCCGCGCGCCGCAGCGAGCCGCCGCCGCGCGCCGCCGAGGCGCUGCACGCGCGCCUGCUGCACCAGCCCGACCCGUUUGCAGUAGUAUCGGAGUACUUCGGACGCGGUUUAUUCAACAAAGUGACGGUUGUGACCGAACCGCCGACUCCCAGCACAGAUGUACCAAGCGUACAACCGAACAAACAGACAAGCAUACAGACAAAUGUACAAACGAGCGCGCAGACAAACUUGCAGAACUAUGGUCCCGGUGCUGAGGCCAAACUCCGGCUGCAAGAAGGACAGAGUAAGCAAGUGUUCGUAUCGAAUGCGGCUAAACAAAUUGCACCCAAGGGCACCUCUGUGGUGCCCGUCCCCGAGGGACGGAUGCGAGUGUUGGAGCAGCAGCAGUACAGCUCCAGUCUCGAAGCCAACAUGACCAGACUCGAGCCAAGGGUCCACGCGAUCACCAUCCCCAGAGAGCAAGUGUCCCCAAAACUGUCCCCGAAUAUAUCGUCGGCUGUCACCAACUCGAACCCCUUCGAUGACACAUACGAUGAGACGAAGAACCCCUUCGCUGACGAAGAGUCGAGCGACCCCGCUAACCCCUUCUCAGAAGAUGAUGAUUAUGAUAAGAACUUGAAUCCCUUCGCGUGAACGUGUUAUAUGAUAUUGAUAUGCGCUUUUCGUGUUAUGCGUAAUACUGAGCUGUAUGCGAGCGUGUUAUGCGAAAACUGUGUUAUGUUCAAAGCGAAUUUUCGGAUAAAUAUUAUGUAAUUGAGAUAAAGGUACACUUCUACGUAUAUCUACGAGUAUCUAUAUAUUUAGGUAAAAUAUAUGUGUUUUGUUGUUAAACCCUACAUUUGCUUUAAGGUGUUUGGGAACUGUGCACUACUCAAUGUAGGUCCUCUGAGAGUUUUGUAUAUUCAUAAAAAAGUUUUUAAUUGCAAACAGUAUGUAAUCGCUGCUAUAGAGUUGUCACAUUUCAGGAGGAUUUUUAGUUUAUUUUCAUAUUGCACAUAUGACCGUUAGUUGAAAAUUAUUAUGUUGAAGAUUUUAUUAGUAAUAAAAAACGUCAUUGUUUGUUCUUUUUUUACGUCUACGUUGAUAUUAAAAUUAUGAAACUAAAGCUGCUUACUCGUCCGUACGUCACUCAAAUUUAAAUCAUGUCCAGUAUAUUUUUCAAUGCUUAAUUAAGAUAUAUGUUUAGAAUUAUAAUCGAAGCGUAGCUUUAGGUAGAUAUUUAUUUUUUUUUUAUUUAUAUCAUCAUUCCAAUCAAUCUUAUCAUUAAACAAUAACAUAAUUUCUUCGGUUAUUCUGUAAAUUGAAAAAUAUGUGUUUGUAUUUUAGUUUCUAUGUCAGAGUAAGGAAUCGGAAUCGAGAGGACACAUUAUAUUUAAAACGAUUGUUUUGUUCUCAAUAAAAAUGUAUAUAUAAGGUAUUCAUGAAAAUUGCACGUAACUGUGUAUAAUUGUAUUCCUAAUAGUUGUAUAUUUAGGCUUGGAAAUGAAUUUAUUUAAUAUAAUACGAAAUAUAUAAGGUAAAGAAUUGUAUUAAUAAACUGCACU